AACAGCAGUGGCCACCAGGGGGCGACCGACCCCUGCUGCCUCUGCUCACCGUAGUUUCUGUGAAGAAGCGAAGAAGAAACGAAAAUUAACCGGUUUUCGACUGUUAUCCAUCGGUGGUACGGACGUUAAAGUAAAAUCAAUAUGUUUGGAGUUGGUUAAAUAGCUAAACCUAGUGCAAGUGAUAAAGGAGACACAACCAAGUCCCCCAAAAGGGAGCAGAGGAGCGAUGGCAGCUGCACAAUCUGUCCUAACGUUUGCAGUGUGCAUCCUCGUGAUAACUGAGCUGAUCCUGGCCAAGAAGUACUACUAUGAAAUACUGGGAGUGCCCAAAGGUGCCACAGAGCGACAGAUUAAAAAGGCUUUCCACAAGCUCGCCAUGAAAUAUCACCCAGAUAAGAACAAGAGCCCUGAUGCUGAGGCCAGGUUCAGGGAAAUUGCUGAAGCUUAUGAAGUCUUAUCUGAUGAGACCAGAAGAAGAGAAUAUGAUCAGUUUGGUGGUACCACACAUUUCACUGGAGAGACACAAGACAGACACAAGUCAGGUUCUCACCAGACUUUCAGCUUCAAUUUUGAUGAUAUGUUUAAAGACUUCAAUAUCUACAGCCAGAACCGGCACGCCCGUCACCGAAGACACUUUGAAGAACACUCCAGGUCCCCUAAAGAGCCCCACAGCAAACACAAGAGACACUUUCAAAGUGGUUUUGGAGCAGAAAGUUUUGUAUUUGGCAGGUUGGGAUUUGUAUCGGAGCUGAUGGAGGCCCUCAUACCCGUCAUAAACAAACUACAAGAUGUAUUUAACACAGUCGGCGCGGAUAUUAUUCAACUGCCACAGAUUGUUGUUGUUGGAACCCAGAGCAGUGGUAAGAGCUCAGUUUUAGAAAGCCUGGUAGGCCGGGACCUUCUACCUCGUGGCACUGGCAUCGUUACACGUCGGCCCCUCAUCCUGCAGCUGGUGCACAUCGACCCCGAAGACCGCAGGAAAACCAAUGAAGAGAACGAAUCCAAGAAAAACGGACGCCUUUCCAGAGGCAUCGAGGGAGAUGAAUGGGGCAAAUUCCUACACACCAAGAACAAGAUCUACGCAGACUUUGAGGAAAUCAGACAUGAAAUUGAAGCGGAAACGGAAAGAAUUUCCGGCAUUAACAAGGGUAUUAGUAAUGAACCCAUUCAUCUGAAAAUCUUCUCCCCACAUGUUGUCAACCUCACAUUAGUGGACCUCCCUGGCAUUACAAAGGUGCCUGUGGGAGACCAGCCCAAAGACAUAGAGAUCCAGAUCAGAGAGCUGAUUGUAAAAUACAUAUCCAACCCCAACUCCAUCAUCUUGGCUGUGACGGCUGCCAACACAGACAUGGCGACGUCAGAGGCUCUCAAAGUGGCCCGGGAGGUUGACCCAGAUGGCAGGAGGACGCUCGCUGUGGUGACCAAGCUGGACCUAAUGGAUGCUGGCACAGAUGCCAUGGAUGUGCUGAUGGGCAGAGUCAUCCCUGUCAAACUGGGUAUCAUUGGCGUCGUUAACAGGAGUCAACUGGAUAUCAAUCAGAAGAAAUCAGUGGCUGAUUCUAUACGCGAUGAAUAUGCCUUCUUACAAAAGAAGUACCCCUCUCUGGCAAACAGAAAUGGAACCAAAUUUCUGGCAAGGACACUAAAUAGGUUACUGAUGCACCACAUCAGAGACUGCCUUCCUGAGCUGAAGACGAGGAUCAAUGUUCUGGCCUCGCAGUACCAGUCUCUGCUGAACAGCUACGGCGAGCCGGUGGAAGAUAAGAGCGCCACGUUGCUGCAGCUUAUCACCAAGUUUGCCGCAGAGUACUGCCACACCAUAGAGGGCACGGCCAAGUACAUCGAGACGGCCGAGCUAUGCGGUGGAGCCAGAAUCUGUUAUAUAUUUCACGAGACGUUCGGUCGCACGUUGGAGUCCGUGGAUCCUCUGGGCGGCCUGACCACUAUCGACGUGCUGACGGCCAUCAGAAACGCAACGGGCCCGAGGCCUGCCUUAUUCGUGCCUGAGGUCUCCUUCGAGCUGCUGGUGAAACGGCAGGUCAAGCGUCUGGAGGAGCCCAGCCUGCGCUGCGUGGAGCUCGUCCAUGAGGAGAUGCAGCGGAUCAUCCAGCACUGCAGCAACUACAGCACACAGGAGCUGCUGAGGUUCCCAAAACUCCACGACGCCAUCGUGGAAGUGGUCACCUCCCUUCUCAGAAAAAGGCUCCCCGUCACCAAUGAAAUGGUUCAUAACCUGGUGGCCAUUGAGCUGGCCUACAUCAACACCAAACACCCCGACUUUGCUGAUGCAUGCGGCCUCAUGAACAAUAACCUGGAAGAGCAACGACGGAACAGACUGAGAGACCUACCGCCUGCUGUCCCCAGAGACAAGUCCCUUAAAAGCCCCGGUGGGCAGUCUCUCUCCCCCACCGAGUCUCUAGCCAUGGAGGGCGAGGCCAAGGGAGAGGAGGGGGCAACGAGCGACAGGACCAUGCAACUGGUCACCCCGACUACAAGUCCACAGAGGGGCUAUGCCGUCAACCUGCUGGAUGUGCCUGUUCCAGUCUCCAGAAAGUUGUCUGCUCGGGAGCAGAGGGACUGUGAGGUCAUCGAGAGACUCAUCAAGUCCUAUUUCCUUAUUGUGCGAAAAAAUAUCCAAGACAGUGUACCAAAGGCGGUGAUGCACUUCCUGGUGAACCACGUCAAGGACUGCCUGCAGAGCGAGCUAGUGGGUCAGUUAUACAAGAGCAGCCUGCUGAACGACCUGCUGACAGAGUCUGAGGACAUGGCCCAGAGACGCAACGAAGCCGCCGACAUGCUGAAGGCUUUGCAGAAGGCCAGCCAGGUGAUAGCUGAGAUCCGAGAGACCCACAUGUGGUGAGGGACCCCUCUGGUCAGGCCUCACGGACCCCCGUUUUCAUGGACCAGCCCCCAGAGUCCUGCAGCUCCUCAGACUGUCGAGCCAGCU